ACACACAAACCAAAGCUGAGAGACUCUCAAGGCACUACUGUCAUAGAGAGAGAGAGAGAAGACAUAUCACGUCACCACUAAACUACCAUGUGCACGUUAGAGAAGCGCGGUGAUAUCUUCUUCUUAACAAUCACCGGCGACGACGAGCACCGCCUGAACCCUAGCCUCAUCGAAUCACUCCGCUCGGCUCUUCGCGAAGCCCGAGAACAGUCAACUCGCGGCUCGGCUCUCGUUACCACGGCUCGCGGCAAGUUCUUCUCCAACGGCUUCGAUCUCGCUUGGGCUCAAACCGCCGGAUCUCCCUCCGCCGCCCAUGACCGCCUCCUCCACAUGGUCGAUCUCUUCAAGCCGGUGGUGGCCGACCUGAUCUCCCUCCCGAUGCCGACGAUCGCAUCUGUGACCGGCCACGCCGCCGCCGCCGGAAUGAUGCUGAUGAUGAGCCACGACUACGUGUUGAUGAGGAGCGAUAGAGGUGUGCUGUACAUGAGCGAGCUGGAUCUAGGGAUGACGUUCCCGGACUACUUCACCGCGCUGGUGAGAUCAAAAGUAGGAUCUGCGGCGGCGCGUAGGGACGUGUUGUUGAAAGCGGCGAAGGUGAGGGCGGCGGAGGCGGUGGAGAUGGGGAUUGUGGACUCGGCGUAUGAUAGCGCGGAGGCGGCCGUGGAGGCUGCGGUGCGCCUAGGGGAGGAGUUGGGUAAAAGGAAGUGGGACGGCGAGGUGUAUUCGGAAAUAAGGAAAAGUUUGUAUCCGGAGCUAUGUGGCGUCCUGGGAUUGGCUGCUAAGGCAAGGCUUUGAAAUAUGAAAAAAACAAUAAUAAUAAAAAUAAAAAAAUAAAAAAAAUAAAAAAAAAAGAAGAAGAAGGUGGUUUUUGUGUUUCGACCCCG